GCUUGAUAAGUGGGCUUCAGGUUAUGCCUCGAGGCCAGACAGUAUUUUCGCUGAGCUGGGUUGUUGUUUACAUCCCGUAGCCGCUCUUCGUACGGCCAUACCGUGUGCGAGGGGAGCGGCGACAAAUUUCUCGUGUGAAAUAUCGCGUGUGCAUAUCGGGGGCCCCCGUUAGUAUCGUAUCAUCGUCAGAUCCGCGCGGAACAGCGAGCAGCAUGAAGGUAACGGUAACCAUGCUCAGCGACGACAUUUUCGUCCUGGACGUCAUUGAGGACAUGGAGUUGGAGAGUUUCAAGGCGCUAUGCGAGAUCGAGUGCAACGUGUCCGUCCACGAGAUGGUGAUCGCGUUCAAUGGGCUGCCAUUGAUGAACGACAAGAAAUCGCUGAAGGAUCACGGGAUCAGGGACGGUGACGUGGUGAUUUUGCAGCACAUGCACCACAGCGCAGCGGAAUUGAACCUUCACCCGCUUAACGGAGCUAUUCCCAUGUUGGACUUCAGUACCAUCAGAGUACCAGGAGCAUCCAACAGUCAGCAGCUCCCAGCACCCAGCUCAAGUGCUAUAGCAAGAAUGCAAAACACCAGGAAGGAGGAUGAUCCAGAAAUAAUCAGAGAUAUGUUCUUAGCUAACCCUGAUCAGCUGGCAUUGCUCAGUCAGAAUAAUCCUAAGCUGGCUAGUGCCUUACUUUCUGGGAACCUUGAGAAGUUUUCCACUGUGCUCAAAAAUCAGAUCAAACUCAGAGAGGAGCGUGAAGCGCAGAGGCUUAGAAUGAUGAAUGCAGAUCCCUUUGAUACAGAGGCACAGAGGUUUAUUGCUGAGGACAUUAGACAGAAAAAUAUUAAAGCCAACAUGGAGGCUGCAAUGGAGUACAAUCCAGAGACUUUUGGCUCAGUUGUUAUGUUAUAUGUUAAUUGUAAAGUGAAUGGAUUCCCAGUCAAAGCAUUUAUCGAUACAGGUGCGCAGUCGACGGUAAUGUCCGACGCCUGCGCGGAAAGAUGCCACAUAAUGCGACUAGUGGACACGAGGUGGGCUGGAAUUGCUCAUGGAGUUGGUACACAGCCUAUAAUUGGUCGCAUACACAUGGUACAAAUCCAAAUAGGCAAUGAUCACCUGACAACCUCGUUCACUGUCCUCGCGGAACAAAGCAUGGACAUGUUACUCGGUCUGGACAUGCUGAAGAGCCACCAGUGCUGCAUAGAUUUAAAGAAGAACGUGCUACAGAUUGGCACCACUGGUGCUGAGACACCAUUCUUAGCUGAAGGGGAAUUGCCAGAGUGGUUGAGGUUAAGUGGCUACAGUGACAUGAGCAAUUACGACGUGGAGGAUGAUGAGGGCGAGAUGAAAGGACCCAGAGCUUUGGAGGAUGGCUCCAGGGAUGCAAAGAAGUAGCGUCGGCAACUUGGUCUGGCAGAUAGAUUAGAGGGCAACAGCGGUCCGUCGAGCAGGGCCAAGGCAGGCCCCAUAGAGAGCACAGUCUUCUCUCAUGAUCCUUUCACAGAGGAGACAGUCAAGGAAAUAGAAUCUUUGGGAUUCGGCAGGGUCCAGGUGAUCGCAGAACUUCGCAGAUUCAACGGGGACAAGACUCAAGCUACCGAUGCAUUGUUCACCAAAAAUUUUUAAUUUUAAAUCAGGGAGGGAAAAAAAAGAAAGAUUGUGAAGUGAAGUAAAUAGGGGGGAAGAAAGAUUUCUACUUGAUCUUUAGUAGCGAUUUUUUAAUAUCGACGCAAUUGUACAUUGAACAUGUGAGAAGGUUGCUGCAGUAGCAACUAGGGACGCCAUAUUGAUAAGCUACGUACUUCCUGUGCAUAUCUUCUCUUAUCCUUCUUCUUCUUCUUUUUUGGAGAGGGAGAAGGUUAUCGAGUAGAGUUUAUCUGCUAUCAGCGCGUUCUGAUAAUCUAACUUGUAUCAUUAUCGUAAUACGUAUGUCUAGGGAUCAGUAUAAUAAGAACAAAAAAAUGGUUUAAAGUUAGCUGAACAGCUUGUAUCGUUUAAAUCUGAGGUUAGUCACGUUCGUGAAUUUUUAUUUUUAUUUUACCAAAUUAAUUAAACGAACGGCUACACCUAAGCGUGUUAAGCUUUUUUUAAUCAUAAACAAAUUUCACGAACGUUUCGAACGUCUAACCUCGAAGAAAAAUUAGUUCCUCCUCGAAAUGAAAAUUCACGACGAUCGACGCCAGCUCAAU